AUGGCGAACCGAGAACAGGGAAAUGAAACGUCCAUCACAGAAUUCAUCCUCUUGGGAUUCGUCAGUCUCCCUGAACUGAAAAUCCUUCUUUUCUUGCUGUUUCUAGUGGUCUACAUUGCAACCAUGGCCGGGAACAUCCUCAUUGUGGUGCUAAUUGUAGUCAUUCAGUACCUUCACACACCCAUGUACCUCUUCCUGGGGAACUUGUCGUGUUUGGAGACCUGGUACACCUCCACCAUCCUACCUAGGAUACUGGCCAGUCUCCUGACUGAGGUUAGGACUAUUUCAUUCAGUGGAUGUCUCACACAAUAUUAUUUCUUUGCUUCUAUGGUUGCCACCGAAUGCCUUCUCUUAUCGGUGAUGUCUUAUGAUCGGUAUUUAGCCAUAGGCAAACCACUGCACUAUGCAGCCCGAAUGAGUGGCAGGUCUUGCUUCCAGCUUGCAGCUGGCUCUUGGAUAGGUGGCUUCCUAUGUAGUGGCAUAAUAACUUUGUCAAUAUCCCAGUUAACUUUCUGUGGCUCCAAAGAUAUUGACCAUUUCUUUUGUGAUCUUAUCCCCCUGAUAAAUCUUUCCUGCAAUGAUCCUCAGCUGAUGGAAAUCUUGGUUUUCACACUAUGCUUGAUUUUCUCAGUGGUCCCGUUCCUACUUACCUUGAUGUCCUACAUCUGCGUCAUUGUGACCAUCCUAAGAAUCCCUUCCACCACGGGAAGGAAAAAGACCUUUUCUACUUGCUCCUCCCACCUCAUUGUGGUGACCAUGUAUUAUGGAACUCUACUGAUUGCUUAUAUGUUCCCAACAACCAAUACACUGAGAGACAUCAAGAAAGUUCUCUCUGUUGUCUGCACUGUCCUGACUCCCCUGGUCAAACCCUCAUCUACAGCCUGA